CUGCCCUCACUAUAUAAAGCAGCAGAGACAUCGCCUCGCUAACAUUUGCAGUGAGCAGACCAUGCGAGCAGCAGCCAUCUCCAGGUCAGACUUAGACAGAAUGCCAGGAAUGUUCUUCUCUGCUAACCCAAAAGAACUGAAAGAAACUGGACAUUCACUUCUAGACGACAAAACACAAAAAAGGAGGCCAAAGACUUUUGGAAUGGACAUGAAAGCGUACCUGAGAUCUAUGAUCCCACAUCUGGAGUCUGGGAUGAAACCUUCCAAGUCCAGGGAAAUACUUUCUGCUGCUGAAGUACUGCAGUGGUCUCAAUCUCUGGAAAAACUUCUUGCCACCCAAACUGGUCAAGAUGUCUUUGGAAAUUUCUUAAAAUCAGAGUUCAGUGAGGAGAAUAUUGAGUUCUGGCUGGCUUGUGAAGACUAUAAAAAAACAGACUCUGAUCUUUUGCGUUGCAAAGCCGAGAAGAUAUAUAAAGCAUUUGUGCAUUCAGAUGCUGCUAAACAAAUCAAUAUUGACUUCCGCACUCGAGAAUCUACAGCCAAGAAGAUUAAAGCACCUACCCCCACGUGUUUUGAUGAAGCUCAAAAAGUCAUAUAUACUCUUAUGGAAAAGGACUCUUAUCCCAGGUUCCUCAAAUCAGAUAUUUACUUGAAUCUUCUAAAUGACCUUCAGGCUAAUAGCCUAAAAUGACUGGUUCCCAGCUGAAGGGAAUUAAAAGAUGGUAUCAAGUACGGAAGGAAUGUGCCAGUUUGACUCCUUGGGUAGACAACUUGGCCCUUCGGGUGACUUAACAGGCCCAGAGAAGAACAAAUGACUGAGAAUGGAUUAACAUGGAAGUUAUCCAGGCACAGAGCCGAAGAAGCGUAUGCAGUAUGACAACUGAAAGACCAUAGAAGGGAGAUGCAAUGGUACCGUCAUACAAAAGGGUGGAACUCUGUAUCAGAAAAUCCCUCAGGACCGAGAAGGCUGGGCAGCUCCAGUUACACAGAAACUGUGAAUAAAGGUUAUGAACUGAUGAUAAUAAGCUAUAAGCUCCAAGGUCAACUGAUAUUUAUGCUACAUACUAUUAUAUAGAGUUUGUAUUGAGCUGCUGAAAUCUCUUUAACAUAGAAAACUAGUUGAAAUAGAUGUCUUUUACAAUUGCCGUUUAUUGACACAAAGCUUUUUAGGUAUUAUUUUGUUUAUUUGAUUGUUUCUGGCUUGGACAAGAUGGAGAAAACAGUGCAUUCAACUUGAGCUAUUGCUCUUAAAACCAGAAAGUUAAAAUAUAUCUGUAAAUUAAAUUAUCAGUGCUAACAAAAAUAUGAGCUUUGUAUUAAAAUAUAAAAGCAAUUUC